AUGAAUUAAGGCGGAUCAAAUGAUUUAUUAACUUUGAAAAGAGAAAAAUUUAGAAUUUAAAUUAGACAUUAAAAAUUAACAGAAGAAUUUAAGAAAAAAAGAAGAUUUUAUAAUUAUGAAUAAACAAAAAAUGAUUUCCUUCAUAAGGUUUGUGAUGAACUCUCUAUUUAUCAGUUUAAAGAAUAAUUAAUUGAAGAAGAUCUUAAUAAUAUUAUGUUAUUACUUAAAGUGCUUCAAAAAGCUAUAGAAGAUGAAUAAAAUAUAGAUUUUUGGGUGACUGAAAAUAUAGUAAAAAAAUUUAGGUAUUAUAUACUAAGUAUUUUAGAUUUCUUAUUAAUUUAUCUAAAAUUGAUAGUGAAUUUCAAGUAAUAAAUGCCACACUUAUUCAAGGUGUUUUUUAUUAUCUAAAUAGAGAAGAUUAUCAAAGGUUUGCAGAAUUAGAUGAUAUUUUACUUUUAGAAUACUUCUAGUAAAAUAUUAAUGAUUAAAUUUUUGAAAUAUAUCCUUAAGUAAUAAUUAGAAUAAUUUUUAGAUGUUAAAUUGCAUCUAUUUUUUAGCCUAAGAAAAAUAAAAAUAUAGAGAUUUUAUAAUCUAAAAUGAUUUUGAAUUUUUAACCUAAUUAAUGGUAGUUGAUCCUUUCAGAUAAUUUUCUGAAGUUAUUCUAGCAUUAAUUUAUUCCGCAUUUACUUUUUGUAUUGAAAUAAAUAUUGAAAAAAUAAAAUCAAUUAAAGAAUAUGUAAUAAAGUCUUAUUUUGAUGAAAAUUAAUCUAUAAAAAGAUUAGUUUUAGAAAUACUUGAUGAAAUCCCUUCAAAAUUACAAUUAGGAAAUAAUUAUGCUUUUGCAAAUGAAAUCAUCUCUUCUCCAAUAUUUAAAAAAAUUUAUGAUACUGCUUAACAAUCAAAUUAUGACUUUUUAGCUUUAAAAGUUGUUAUCAUAUAUUUUGGUGUAAGUGAUUAGUACUUCGAUAAAGAAUUAAUAAUCUAUAACAAAGUUAUAAAUUCAAAUCUCUAAUCACAGGAUCUAUAUUCAUUUUUAAGAAUCUAAUUAUUUUGGGCUAUUUCAAAUAAAAUUCAUAAUUAACAAUUUUUGGUUAAAUUAUUAGAUUCUAAAUUAUUGGAAGAUAUUUUUGAAAAGUACUUUGAAUUAAAUGAUCAUGAGGCUCUUGAAUUCUCUUUUGUAAUUUUGAAUCUAUCUGUUUUAGUAAAAAUUAUUAAUAAUAUUCUAGUGUAAUGAAGAAUAACUAUCAAAAUUAAUAAAAAUAGAAUUAUUUAAUAUAUGUAAUUUUUUAUUUUCAAUGGAGGCGAGAUCUAUAAAAAUUGAAGAACAUAUCAUUUAAGCAUUAGUUAAUAUAUUACAUAAAUUAUCAGAUAAUUAAGAUUUUAAUAAUGAAUUAAUAUUACCAUUUUCAGCAGUAAUAAAAAUGAUAGAAAUAACUGGUAUUGUUAACAAAGUGAAGGAAAGUAGAGUUGAUGAUAAAUUGAUCUAAGAUUUUGAUGUUUAUUUUUGA